UACAUUAGUUCUUCACUACAAUGGAGUAUUGCACCACUCGGUUAAAAAGAGAAAGUAUAUAGGUGGCAAGGUGAAAGUUUAUGAUAAUGUGGAUUCGGAUUGCUUUUCUGUACCAGAGGUUAAGAAUUAUUGUGCAGAGUUAGGGGUAUUGGAUUAUGUCCAGUUUUAUUAUCUUGUGCCUGGGUUGGAUCUUGACAAUGGCCUAAGACAUUUGUCUACUUAUGGUGAUACUCAUGAAUUAUUUAAGUGUCUUAACCCCAUUGAUCCUAAAAUAGGCAUUUAUGUAGAACAUGCAACCCCUGUUCAGAAAAAAUUGUUAGUCAGGGAUGUCAGCAUUGUUGAUGCUGCAAAUUUGGUUGGUUGUGGUGUUGGUGUGGAGGGUGUGGGUGUUGAUGGCAUUGAUGGUGAUUGUGAUGAUAAUGAAAUUGAUGUGGAGAAUGGGGAUGUUGAUGAAGUUGAUGUUGAGGAUGGGCAUAUGGGAAGGGUGCUGUGGGAGAUGUGGAUUAUGAGUGGUAUAACUCUGACUAUGAUGACCCAGCCAAUGAACAAUUAUAUGAAAUUACUGUGGAUGACAACACAAUUCAGCCCACCAUAACCCAUAACAAUCAGCCCUCACAAGAACUCACAAAUGCCAUCCAUCCAUUGUCACACCCACCUAAUUUUGCAAACCAAUCACUAUCCCACCUAGAUCUAGUUCCAACUCUUUUUAAUUGGCCGUUGGAUGAAAUUCCAAGUGGAUCCGACUAUGCAUCCUCGGACCAGUUGCAUUCUCCCAACAAUUUUGAUGGUGAGCAAAAGAAAAAAUUACCUGAAUUUAGAAGUGAAUACUUAAAGGAUCCUAAGUUUGUGUUGGGGAUGUCAUUUAGGGACAACAAGCAGUUCAAAGAGUUUGCAUGAGCUUACAAAUUGAUGCAUGGAUAUGGCAUCAAGUUGUCAAAGAAUGAGAAGGCUAGGGUGAGGUAUAAAUGUGUUGAAGUUGUCCUUGGAAAGUGUCUGCAGGUCUUGAUAAGGAGGUAAGCUUUCGGAUUAGUGUGUUGUAUGAUACUCAUACAUGCAUUAGGUCUUUCCAUAGUAAGCAAGUUUCUGCACAUUGGGUGGUAGAAAAGUAUGUUGAUCAAUUUUGGACUAAUAUUGAAUUUAAAGCUAAAGAUUUGGUAGCUACAGUGGGGUGGAAUGUUACUAUGUAGCUUGCCUUGUCGAAGGCAUAUAGAGCUAGAGACAUUGCUAGAGGCAUGGUAAGAGGGGACUUUUGUGAGCAAUACACCAAGGUUAGAUGCUAUUGUGCGGAGUUGAGAAGAUCUAACCCAGGUACCACAGCUAAAGUCAUAGUUGUUGCCCCUGAUCAUAAUUUCAAGAGGGUCUAUGUGUGCUUAGUUGCAUGUAAAGAAGGAUUUGUUAGUCAUUGUAGACCAUUGAUAAACUUAGAUGCUUGUCAUUUGAAGGGUGUAGUUGCUGACCAACUUCUAGUAGCUGUGGGUAUAGAUGGAAAUGAUGGUAUGUACCCAAUUGCUUAUGCUGUUGCUGAGGCAGAAAAUAAGGAGACUUGGACAUGGUUUUUGGAGAAUUUAAUAGGUGAUAUAGGGCUUGUGAGAGACCAUGGAUGGUGCUUUAUUUCAGACCAACAAAAAGGUUUACUUCCUGCUUUAGCUACUGUGGUCCCAGACGCAUACAAUAGAUUUUGUGUGAGGCAUUUGUUUGCUAACUUCAAGAAGAAUUAUCAAGGAAAGCAGUUAAAGGACUUGAUGUGGGGGGCAGCUAAGGCAUCAACAAGAGCAUCAUUUGAAAGUUAUAUGAAGCAAAUGGAAAUAGUGAGCAAGGAAGCUUGUGAUGAUUUAAGAGGAAAGUCUCCGAUGCAGUGGGCUAGGCACGCUUUUCCCUAUUAUCCAAAGUGUGAUAUGCUAUUAAAUAACCUUUGUGAGACUUUUAAUUCGAAGAUUGUGGAAGCAAGAGAAAAGCCCUUGGUCAAUAUGCUUGAAACCAUUAGAAGAUAUCUCAUGGUUAGGAUUCGUAAGAAUAGGGAUUCAAUGGCUAAGUAUGAAGGCCCUAUUUGUCACAAGAUCCAGCAAAAAUUAGAAAAAUGUAAAGAGGCUAGCAUUGAUUGCACAUUUAUUUGGUCAGGUGGGGUGAGGUGGGAGGUGAAUAGUGGUGGCAAGCAAUUUGUGGUUGAUGUGGAGAAACGUUCAUGUGCUUGCAAUUGUUGGGAUUUGACUGGGAUCCCUUGUAAGCAUGCAGUGCACGUAAUAGGUUUCAGGAAAGAACGGGCUGAGGAUUAUGUGCAUGACUUCUAUAAGAAGGAUACAUAUAUUGCUAUAUAUUCGCAUCUCAUUCAGCCAUGCAAUGGUCCUGAUUUAUGGCUGGAAGUAGAUGGAGAUGCAAUACUUCCUCCAAUCCAUAAGAUCCAACAAGGGAGACCUAAGAUUGAUAGAAGAAGAAAGGAUAAAGAUGAAGUUCAUAACCCUUACAAGAUGAAGAGGAAUCAAACAAGUUUAAGAUGUGCACAUUGUCAUCAAUUGGGUCAUAACAGAAGGACCUGCAGGAGCAAACAAAGACCACUAGGAGUAGCAACUGCCAAGGGCAAAAGCAAGGCAGCAACAGACAAGGGCAAGGCAACAAGUAGCGGCAGAAAGAGGCACUGAGGAGCACUUCAUGGGAUUUAGAGUGCAAGUAGAC